AUGAGCAAUACGAUAGAAGCGCUAUACAUCUACGAUGAUCUCAACACGCCCAUUCUCGAGCACAUCUACCGAUCCCGCCCGCCCUCCGCCAGAGCUCUCCUCCCACUUUACCUCGAGCAUUCCGUUCCGCGACCGUCCGUGAUAUAUCUUCCAAGUGCUAGCCCUCCCGUCUCUGUAUUCUCAAUAGUCCACGCGAAUCUUCUCUUUCUCGUACCCAGCAGCGCCGAAACAGAACCCCUCCAAGUCCUCGAAUUCCUCCACCGCGUCGUCGAUGUCCUCGAAGACUUCGUCGGAGCACCGUUGCUGGCAACCAAAAUUCAAAGUAACUACGAUGUAGUGGGACAGUUAUUGAGUGAGAUGUGCGACGCGGGUGUGGUGUGCAGUACGGAGCCAAACGCAUUACAGGAGGUAGUUGAAGUUCCUGGGUGGAUGAACAAGUUCCUGAGCGGAGUGGGAUUACCAGGGUCGUUAACAACCAUGCCCGCAGCUAGCGGUUCUGCAGCCACGGGCCCCGCGAUCCCCUGGCGUCGCCAGGGCGUCCGUCACACUUCAAAUGAAUUAUACGUUGAUAUCAUUGAAUCUCUCCAUGUUAUAAUUGCUCCAUCAGGCCGUGCCAUUUCCGCCAUAGCGAACGGCACCAUCGCCUUUAAUUCCAAAAUCUCCGGCGUCCCCAACCUCUUGCUCUCUCUAACCGCACCUGGAGGACAAAAGAGUUUGGCACAUAAGCUUGAGCUACCUGUCUUCCAUCCCUGCGUGCGAUUAGCUCGAUGGCGCGAGAGACCUGGAGACCUCAGUUUCGUACCGCCAGACGGACGAUUCAUUCUCGCAGGCUAUGAGGUCAAUUUACUCCCUGUAGACCCUGACCUGGACGAGCCGCCAACUCAUAUGGAGAAACUAUUCCUUCCAGCAACAGCCUCGUUGCAAAAGUCUCUUGGACCCAAUGGGUUAGAUUUCGAGGUCCGACUCACUCUGAAUACCUACUUUCCAGGUACAAACGCUUCAUCACGGGGCGGCGGCGGGUCCAACCGCGGUUCGGGAACCUCAACACCCUCUUUCCUUGGAAAUAUUGGCGCUAGUAGCACCUCGUCGUCCCCGACUUUAGAUGACGUGGUUGUGACCGUGCCAAUACCACCUUCCGUCAGGUAUAUCACUGAUAUCCAAGCCAGCCGAGGAGACGCGACUUUCAUGCCCGGCAACGAAUUUUUAGAAUGGCGCGUCCCCACCACCACUAGAGAUGCGGGAAGCAUCUCCGGCACGGCCGUCCUGCGAUGUACGGUAGUCGGGCCUCUCGAUACAGAAAACGCUGACAACAAGGAGGAAUACGAUGAGAACGACGACGGCACCCCAACUUCUUCCCAGAUAUCCCGGAUCAACCCCCUCCAAGGCUACUAUGACGAGGACACGCUCAUGUCCCAAGCUAAAUCCCAGGGACUCUACUCGCCUUCUUCGAGUCGCAAUAAAUCGGCUGCGUCAAAAACCGAUAAGCCGCACCCUAACGCCCUUCUCAUGCCGAACUCUGUAUCUAUCUCGUUUUCAGUGCGCGGAUGGCUUCCGAGCGGGAUCCGUGUAGAUGGAUUGGUCGUUGACCCGCGACGCAGUCGAGGGUUGGGAGAAGGCGUGAAGCCGUACAAGGGGGUGAAAUAUAUCUGUGUCAGCCGGAAGGGAGUAGAGAGAAGGUGCUGA